GUCAAAGCUCAAACACGAAACGAAAAUAAAAUAUUUCACAAGGUGAUCAGAACGCAAUAACGGAACAAAGAUGAGUAUGCGCGAGGAAGAUCGGCAGAAGAACAACAACUGCCCAAGCCGCGGGCUCGGCUUGGCGGCCGCAGCCUUGGGCGUUGGUGUUGGGGCUGCUCUGUACUACUUCCUCAGUAAGAGGCCAGAAAAUCCUGAUGGCGAAGGAUCCACUACAGGCUGGUCCUGCGAGCAACCUCAUGCCUUAUCACAAGAGGAGCAAGACAUAUUGCGGGCGCAAGCGUUGUCGGAAGAGGAACAGAUAAAGUUCCUACACGCUCAGAAAUUCCGCGAACGCUCCUGGUCCCUAGAAGAGUGCUCCAUCUGCUUCGAGAUCAUGUUGAAAGACCAGGAUCUAACGCGUCUGCCGUGCGCGCACAACUUCCACUCAGGCUGCCUGGCGCCCUGGCUGGCGGAGCAGCAGACGUGCCCCAACUGCCGCAAGGCUGCCGAAUGAAGCUAUGACUUCGCGUUUUCUCAUCAUAUCACCGAGGCGAGAGAGACUCUCCGCGAACACCUCAUCUGCCAGGUUGGUGAACCUCUGAAGAUAACACUAUCAAGACAGGCCAAACAAUAGUUAAAAGCGUUAAAAAACGAGAUAAUGUUUACAGUCGAGUUCUUUUAUAUCUACAUAUGCGAACUAAAAUAUUUGAAUGCGAUAUUUGAAGUCAUGCCAAGUUAAAUUGCCAGUAUUUUCAGAACCCCGUCAGUAUACAUUUAUUUAACCAUUUUACAUGCGGGGCCAUUGAAAUAGCCACAAAAACGACAACUUAGUACAACGUGACUCUGAGUAUAAAAGGGUGUUCAGACAUUUUUUCGCGUGUGUAGAAGUAAACUUCGACUGUAAAAUCGGACAGUAUUUUUCAAAGUGUCAAAUAAAUGUAACACUUCAAUUUAUGACCUACGAAAAUCGAGGCAAACAGUGGUUUAAAGGGCAUUUUCAAAAUAUAGGUCCCCCCAAUUAGCGUAAGUUGUGAA